AUGUCCUGGUCUCCCCCCUCCUACGCGUCUCCCCUGGCCUUUCCCCCGUGCGAUUGUCCUGCUGGGGCUGAAGCCUCGCCUUCGGGAUUUCUGUCUCCCGCAGCCGCGGAGGAACUCGAGGCCCUCAGAUCCAUUUACGGAGACGACGAAAUCCGCUUCCACCCCUGUUGCCGGCUUCUUCAAGUUCGGACGGAGACGACUCGCUCGCGCGUCAGGCAAGAUGCGUUGUCCUUGCUGGCGCUCGGCGCGCCAGGAGGCAGAGCGACCGAGCCUGAAGGUGAAGACGAUGACCAUUCCUUCUCCUUUCUUCUGCAACUCUUCCUUCCCCUUGGGUACUUGGACCCGGACUUCAAGUCGCCCGCCUGCCUCGUCCACACGCGGUGGGACCAGCCUCCGGAGGCGUCGCAGCGCAUGCAAAACAAGCUCUUGGCUCUGCAAGGAGAGGGAGACGAGUCCAGCUUCGGCCACCCGGGUCUCUUUGAUUUUGUCGAAUGCGUCCGCAAUCACCUGCCUCUCCCGCCUCACGAGGCACGCGACGAUUCGACGCGGCCCGAGCAGGGACAGGCAUCGGAGGGGGACCGCAAAAGACAGCUGGGUGCCGACGCUCAAGACGGCUGCAAAGGGAAUGGCGGGGAACAAGCAGACGAUAGCAGCGUUGAUGCGCUAGAAGCAUCCCUUUCCAAUGUCUCGUUGGAACCGAAACAGGGGGAACAGUCGGGGAACUCUCUGCCUUCGCCGUACUCCCCUUCGUCGUCGACUGAACUGUACAUCGGACCGACAGUGACCGUUCACAAGAGCCGGUUCGUCGGCGUGUGUGCGGCUGUCCAUACACACGAAGAAGUCCGCGCGAUCUACCAGCACGUCCGCCAGAGGCACUUUGGCGCGACGCAUCACAUCAUGGCCUAUUCCUUUCGCCAGAAAGUCGCCCGAAAGCCUCGUAAUGGUCCUCCAAGAAAGGACGCGCGUCAGGCGCCUCGGGACGUGGCGGAGGAGGCCCAGUCGCCUGUGUCUCGUCUCAACGCCGCCCGAGGCUCCUCGCCGGCAACAGCCCCUCCACCGGAGGAAGGAGCGACGGCGCAAGAGGAUCCAGUUGAGGCUCUUGUUUCAUCGCGGGCGGCUUCAACGGGGUCAGGCAACAAAAAGAAGAACCGGGCGAGAGGCACUGAGAAAGAAACCGACCGGGAUCGACACCCAGGCGAAGAAGAGGAAGAGUUCAUCGAAAACUGCGACCACGACUCAGAUGGGGAAACCGCCGCUGGAAGGAAACUGCAGCAGCUGCUUUACAAUCUCAAGGCGCGAAACGUUAUUCUCAUUGUCACCAGGUGGUACGGCGGAAUCCAUCUAGGUCCAGAUCGUUUUCGCGUCAUUGCUACUGUCGGACGGCAAGCUCUCGACGCGAGCGGGCUCCUCGAAGAAGCGCAGAAGGAUGCAGCGAAGAAAGAACCCCACCGAAAGAAGGCAUCCGGCAAAGGAGACAAGUGA